GUUACAAAAUACCAUAAAUUGAAAUCGAAAGUAGAAGUGCGUAGUACAUUUUUCCGUUAUCAAGUAAUAUAUAUUUUUCACGGAAAUAAAGGCAGCGCCAGUGAAACAUGGACACAUCGGCAGAUGCAGUAACUGGUAUCAUGGAAAAUACUACCGUGAAAAACAUGUCAGAUACGAUUCAGUCAUGCGUUUCUGAUUAUGAUAUCAUCAAAAUUGAGGAACCAGAUUUAGAUGACUACCAGUCAGGUGAUGCAUUAGGAACUCCGCUUUCAGACUUGCAUAUACAAGUUCCGAUUCAUGCAAACGUACCGCACACAGUUGACUUAGAAGUUGAUGUUGAGGAAACAGACUAUUGUGAGAAAAGCGACCCGGAUUUUAAAAGUUUUGUAGUCGUUGAAGAAGCAAGUGUACGUGGUCAAGCAACAGGUUUGCAAGGAGAAGGAAAUGAAAGUUUUAACAAAAUCAUGAAUGAACUGAACGAAAUUCUUUACUUUGAACAGUCCGCAAGCGUAUCUGUAAACGCGAAUAAACAAGAGGAACAUCUUGUCAAAACUCACCCAUAUUCUACUGAUAAUGAUCCUCAGUUUGAUGCGGAAUUCGAAACAGAGCGAUUCUUGACAAAUGAUGAACGUAUGAAUGUUAGAGUACCAAUGUAUUCGGAUACAGAAGUGGAAGCCAUUGCCGAGCUCUCGGACCGACGUGCAGAGAGAACAACUGAUGUAGCGGCGAAACAUGCAGAGAAAGAGCCAACACAUCUUGAUUUAGAAUCUGCGGUGAACCACGAAUUAGAAUUCGAUGCUAAAGAACCAUAUAUGCAAAACAAUGAUGUUCUACCUAGGAUACACAGUAACGAAGACAUGUAUGUUGAUGAUCGAGAUGCUAGCAAAACAGGUCAAAUAAGCGUGUGCUCGAGAGAAAACAAUGGCACAUCUAAAUUUGUUGAUUUGGAAACAUUUGGAGAAACAUACAAUUCCGAAGAUUCAACUCGUUCAAGGGACAAUGAUAUUUACACUAGCGAUGAUGCGGAUGAAGAUACGAAUGAUUCGAAGAUGGGAAAGGUCGAAUAUAAUCCUGAGCUUUGUUCCACCGAAUUUGACAAUAUUAAAUCAGAAAAGGAAUCUGAAAGAAGCAGCAUAGAUGAAAAUGAAAUUGACGAAAAGAGACAUGACGUGGCCCGGAACAAUCAAGACUUAAAACGAACGGCAGACAUUGGGCUUAAAGACGAUCUGUUAAACACUUUUGUCGAACAUUUUCCGAGUCAACCUUCAACUAAGGACACAGGUGAAGUUGCAAAUGAGCCCGAGAAUAUUCACCUUUAUGCAGGUAGUGACAGUAUGUCAGAUCAAGCAUGCGCAAUUGAAGUCAUAACAGAAAUACGCCAUUUCGGUACAGGUGAUAUGGAUGAAGAUGAUAUACUAUACAGAGGGGACUCGGAUGUUAAGGAUCACCUCAUGUAUAAUGGGGCUUUUGCAGCCAAGGGGAUUGACAUCGUGGCCGGGACGGCAGAUAUUGAUUCAGAAGAAAACACUGGAAACAAAACAAGAGAGGUGUCAUAUCACAAUCUCAAAGCGUUUGAAAGCGGAAACAAAUUCGAAUACAAAAUGUUAUCAGAAAUAAAAGCGGAAGAAGAAACGAGAAAAGAGCCUGGUAAGAACAAGCCCUUACCAGCAUUGCGAAGUCGAGUGAAAGAGAGCGACAGAAAAGAUCCAUUUCAGAGUCAUAAAUAUAAUAACGAUACGGAACACUCGGCACAGGGUGCACAUGCGUUUCCCGACGUGGAUAAAUGUAACGUUGAUGGUGAUUAUUUCCAAAAUAUGUCUUCUGCAAUGGAAAAGUUUGUCUUCUUUUGGAAGCGUGAAGACGUGUUCAGUCAGUGGCAUAGUGCCCUGUUCCAGGCCAACGGACAUUUAUUCAGCAAUGCGGAGCAAUAUAUGAUGUUUAUGAAAGCAGAGUUAUUUGGUGACAACGAUGUGGCCACUGAGAUUUUGAAUACAACGGACCCUAGGGCGAUCAACACGCUCGGAAGGAAAGUCAAGAACUUCUCUGAGUCAAUAUGGAUAGAGCAAUGUCUGUACGUUGUUAAAAACGGAAACACAUAUAAGUUCCGACAGAACGACAGAAUGAAGAAGGAGCUGUUCGCAACGCAUCCGAAGAUAUUGGUGGAAGCCAAUCCUCACGAUCAGAUCUGGGGUAUCGGGCUGGCAGACUGCGAUCAGCGUGCCUUCAGUGAAAGUUCGUGGAAUGGUCUCAACCUUCUGGGCUACAUCCUCACAGAGGUCAGAGAUGAGCUGAUGUGUGAGGAAGGCAAAAUAUCGUCAGAUCAGAAGCAGGUAAUGGAGAAAAAAACAAAAGAAAUGUCGUCUGUGGAACUCAAAGCAGAUGGGGAAGAUGUGUUGCAUACCUGCAAAUCGACUAAGACACCACUGGAUUCGUCAAAUGAAACCUCGAUCCUAAUGACUGACAAUGCCAGAAGCUCAGAUGGUAACUCUGCAGACAUUGAAGCACUUAAUACAGCCAGCUUGAUGAUAGAAGACAAAUAUGAAGUUGAGGUUGAACACCAGCUUGACAAGCUUGCUGUUGAUAUGAAUAAUAAGGAGGUUGAUGGCCAGUUAGAAAAUAUACUGGCAUGUGAAAGUAAUGACCGUGUCCUUGAACACCAAAGCCAGACUGCAGUUGUAAAAAGUCAUGAUGAUUUUCAGAAUGACAGCCAUAUAUGCAUUGAGAAUGCUGAUACAGAAUUUGCAAGUUUGGUUUUGAUUGAAAAGAAGACAGAAAAAGUGGAUGUCUUUGACACUGCCGGUGGAAGGGUGCAAAAUAAAGACUUGUUAGAAAAUAAUUCUGAUGAAGUAAGUGGCUUUAGUGUUGUAGACUCAAAGUCAUUCAAUACAGAACCUUUCACUUUUGUGCAAAAUUGUCCAGAUGAAAAAGAAACCCAAGAUUGUUGCACGCAGUCAGAAACAUUACCAGAUGAAGAAUCCAGUACGGAAAACCAUGGUCCUAAUGACAAAUCUUUGUCAAAAGGGACAAGUACUGCUCAAAAUGCAGAAGAUAAAAGAAAACUGUACGUGAGUAAAUCCAAUAGUGGUGACAAAAGCAGAUGGUCAAUUUCAGCAGAAAGUUCGAGUUCUGAAGUUAACCCUGAGAGUACCACUCAUGGACAUGCUUUUAUCGAAAAGCAAGAAAAAACAAUCCAUGAGCAUGAUAACGUUGAUGUCAAAUACCAAGAAGAAGAAGCAGUAAAAGUGGAUAGUUCUAUAACUGAAUUUAAUAAAUUUAUUGUCAAGAGUCAAGAAGCAGUAAAAGCUGAGAGUUCUACAACUGACAGUGACAUUAAUAAUGUCACACAUCAAGAAAAAGCAGAAAAAAUUGGCAAUCUUAUGAUAAUAGAUACCGGUAUAUCUAGUAAUGUAGACAGUGGGUGUCCAGAAGUAACAAAAAAAACUCCUGAUCACCUUGAUGGUCAAACCAAGAAAAAGGAAAAGAAAAAAAAUUUUAUGAAGAGGAUUUUUUCAUUUGGAACAAACAGUUAUUCGCUUGAAGAUGAAGAAUAUGAGGAAAACAGAAAACGUGCUAGGGAAAAGUUUGAGUACUUUUGGUUAAGAGAUCAUGUGUUUAGUCAAUGGCAUGAAUCCAAAUUUGAAGAGGCAGGAAAGAUCUUUUGUAAUGCAGAACAAUAUAUGAUGUAUAUGAAAGCAGACCUGUUUGGAGAUGACCGUAUAGCAAAGAAGAUUAUGAAGACAUCAGACCCUAAGAAGAUUAAGGAACUUGGAAGGAAAGUCUUCAAUUUCCAUGAACCAAUGUGGAGAGCUCAUUGUCUUGAUGUUGUCAAAACUGCAAAUCUUGCUAAGUUCUCGCAGAAUAAAAAGCUGAAGGAAAAGCUUUUUAAAACACACCCCAAGAUUCUCGUGGAAGCAAGUCCAUAUGAUAAGAUCUGGGGUAUAGGGCUAGCGGCAGAUGAGCCCGAGGCCUUUGAUGACAUAAAGUGGAACGGACGCAAUUUUCUCGGCUAUAUUCUCACUGAAGUCAGGGAUCAGCUAAUGUGCGAGGAGGGUCAGAUUACAGCUGAGAACAAAAUGGUGUUUUUGAAAACCUUGAAAGAGGCUUAUUGUGCUGAACUUGUUUCAUGGGAGCCAACUCAGUGGCGUGAAACUGAAUAUAUAAGUAAAUGUGGAGCAACCACCAAUAAUCCAAAUUACCAUAAUUCAGGUGAAAUAAAUAAAGUCUAUGAACCUUGCUCCAGUACCGGCAAUGAAUCAGCCGUACAUAAUAAUAGUGGGAAGCAUGAUGCGCAUGGUCGUAGCUCUGAUGAUACAUGUGAUAAGAGCAUGGUUAUACAGUCUAAAGGUGACCAGCAGUCAGCUCAAGACUUAAAUAACGGUGUUGGACCUUUAGUUCAUAAGGAUAGAAAUGGAAUUCGAAAUAAACAUUACAAAGCCCAAAGUACUGAAAAACAUUCAACCUCAUCAGGUUUCACGCAGAACUCAUACGAUGACGAUUUUCCAGAGCUCAGUGGAGCUAAAGCUCAAAAAGAAGAACCUAGUGGAAAAAUGAAAAUGAACGACGGAUUUGAUAUGGAAGAGGCUGGUGCAAGUAACAAAAGAAAGGAAAAUAGGAACAUGGAGCAUGAACAGCCGAAACAAGAUGUGUUUUCAUCAGAUAAAGAUGACGCUUUAGGACGUACCAGUGAAGAGAACGAUUCCAAAUCAAAGAAUACAGUUGAAAUACGUAAAAAAGAAUCUAGGGAUGAGAAUGAGACGAUUGAUGUUGAAUAUCAAGAUAAAGCCAACGUUUUGUUGAAUGUGUCUGAAUUGAAAUCAGAAGCAAGGAAUAUACCAAAUGCUAAAGCCGUAAAAGAUAAUGAUGAUGAACAUCAAGAUAAAAUGAACAGCCUGUUUAGUGAAUUUCAGUCUGAACCACCUAAAACAAAUGAAAGUGACAAGAUAGCAAUAUGUUCAAAAUCCAAUUCAGGAGAUGUUGUUGAACAUGAAGAUAAAACAAACAAAUUGUUAAAUAUUUUUAAUAUUGGCAAUUCAAGUAAUGAUGGAGCAGCAUAUGGAAAAUCUGUGCAGAAUGAGCAUGAUGUAGCUAACCAACCCAUAGAUGCGGGAACGAAACCAAAAGAAAAACUUAAUGAGACAGUGGGAUUGACCAAUAAAGAUGGCAAGAAAAAACCUGACAAGAAAGUACAGAAACAAUGCCCUGGUAUUGCAAAGAAAGUUACUGAAUCAAACACCAAGAAAAAGAAAAAGUAGAAAGGAAUACUUUAUACAGUGUAUUAAUGUUUUAACUCAAGGUGAUUAAGUGUGACAGAACACUAGUUACUAACAUCAGGCUGUAGUCUUAUCAUUACACUUACAUUUUGGAGGAGAGGUAUUGGAACAAGAUGAUGACUGUUUGUGUAAAUUGACAAGUGCAAAUGCUUAAAAAAUAUUUUAAUGUAAUUGUAUUAUUUUUUAAAACAUGUAUUUCGUUGUCAAUUGUUUUUUAUAUUCUAUAUCGUCAAAUCGUAAAUAAUGUUGUUUUGUAUCAUGCAGUCUUUACAAAAACUUGAUUGGUCGUCCUGAAGUUGACAAGCCUUGUUAUAUAUCUGGGUAUUUAACUAAUUGAUGAAUUUACCCACGUCAUGCAAAAAUGGGUCUUAUGCCAAAUGGAGCCAGUGUAGCUUCUGACCAGCCUAUGCAGUAUGGCCAGGAGCUACGCUGUCCAGUAUUAAGUCAUGCAAGGUUUCCUUGUCUCAUCAGCAGAUAGCAUAGCACAUUACCAGAAUGUGCCCAUGCACAGACUGUUCUAGAGCUACUGUUGCAUCAUAUAGUAUAAGACCCAUUUUUGCAUGAUGCAGCUCAAUUGGGAACUCUGAAUUGUAUUGCUUCAGUGGUUCAAUACCAUAAAUGAGCACUUUGUAAAUGUUUCAUUGGUCAACCAUACAAUAAUGUAGUUGUUAAAGUAUUAUAAUAAUAAUUGAUUGAAAAAACAAAUUUUUAUCCAGGCCCACCUUUUCAAUUUUCUUCUUGUCACAAAGCACUUGACUAAACAGUAAGUUUUGUUUGUAUAAUUGCUUGUUCACUGUUAUUCUACCAUCUGAAUAACCUGUCAGUGAUUAGAAUUUUAUCAUGUUUAUAGUACAACAUUUAGAGGCUUUAUCAGUUUUUCUGCAAAAUAAUAUGCACAUGUUUUUCAAAUUCUUAUUUAUGUAGAUUUUGAUGAGAUAAUGAGCCAUGAUGUAAUCUAUUUAUUUUAAUAUACAUGUAUGUCAUAUUAAAAGAGUUAUUUAACAUAAUUAAGCAAACUGAUUUUAUUUAUCAAUAUAUUUUCCUAUACAUGUAAAUCAAUAUAUUUUUGCCACUGAAAACAUAUUUUACUUAAAAAGUAGCAUUUUGAUUGUGUUGUUUUAAUAUAUGUUUAUAUGAAUGGGACAAAAUGUUAAUCCCUUAAAAUCAGCAGAGGUUGUCUGUUUAUUUGGGUUUAAAUAUUUGUUUUGAAUAACAAAGUUUUUAAACUUUAUAGAAAAUAACUUAUUUGCAAGAGCCGUAACAACAUGUAUUUGUGUAUUAGGAAUCAUUAGUAAGGGCAAAAUAAAAACAUGUUAGUGCCAUAACUGCAUGACUUCAGCCAAGUAUUUGACACUUUUAAGAUUUAAAUUUUUAUAAAACUAUGGCAGGAUGAUGGUAUUGUAUGAAAGGCCAUAUACAUGCAAAUUAUGAUUGAUUUACAUUAAUUCGAGGGUAAUUGUAGAAUUCCUUAUUUAAUAUUGCUGUUUUGAAUUGUUAUUGAUGAUUUAUGCAAUAUUUUAGCUUAUGUAUUAAUAGGCCGCUAAGGGUUCCUCUGGAGUGGACUAUAGGUUUGCCCCCGGUCUGUCUGUUCAAAAAGUCUGUAUUAUGGGAUAACUAAAAAAGUACUGAAAACUAACAUCGAAAUCUUGAACAAACUCAAAAACUACUAAAACGGAAUUUUUCACAGUAUGGUAAAAUGGCAAUUUAAAAAAUAAUAGUCAUAGAAUCUAAUAUGCAUCUAUAUAUAAUCUUUAAACAAGCGAAAUAAUGCUCCUGACAAAAAGCUUAAUAAUCUUGAUGCAUUAAUAUUUAAUAAUCAUCCGAAAUUGGUAAAAUAUAGAGUUUUGCAAAACGUUUUUUUUUCUUUUUGGAAAAAUGUUUUGCACUAACAUAGUGUUUGUAAUAAAAACAACAACACUAAAGCCUGCUGGCGCAGUGGUAGCACACAAGCUUAUCAUCCCAGAGGUACGGGGUUUGAAUCUUGUUAUGACAUUUUUUUAAUUAUGCCCCCCUUCGAAGAAGAGGUAUAUUGUUUUGCUUGAUGUGGGUCGGUCUGUCGGUAGACCAGUUCGUUUCCUAUUAAAAUUAGGGUCACUAGGUAAAAAGUCACUGUCAAAAUAAGUGUCUAAUCGUUUCCGAUCAAUAACUCGUCAACGAAUUUACCCAUUGGCUUGAUACUUCAUAUGUGCAUUGACCUUGGACAAUAGCUGACCCCUAUUGGGGUCACUAGGUCAAGGUCACUGUCUCAAUAAGUGUGAAGAUUUUUUCUGAUCAAUAACUUGUCAACUAAUUGACAGAUCGGAUUGAUACUUCCCAUGCCCAUUGGCCGUGGACAGUAGUUGACCCCUUUUGAAAUUUGGGUCACUAGGUCAAAGGUCACGUAUAGUUUCUGAUCAAUAACUCGUCAACAAAUUUACCGAUUGGCUUGAUACUUCACAUGUGCAUUCGCCUUGGACAGUAGAUGCCCCCUAUUGGGGUCACUAGGUCAAAGGUCAAGGUCACUGUCUUAAUAAGUUUGAAAAUUGUUUCUGAUCAGUACAUUGUCAACCAAUUGACGGAUUGGCUUGAUACUUCACAUGUGCAUUGGCCUUGGACAGUAGAUGACCCCUAUUGAAAUUGGGGUCACUAGUUAAAAGCCCUGUUUGGCGGGCAUAUAUCUCCGACCACGGAACUCUUGUUCAACUUUUUCCUUUCGCUUAUUAUUUUAUAUUAGUAUAUUGAUUGAGGAAUAUGUAUGUUAUUGUAGUUCUUCUCUUACAAAAUUGUGGUUGCUAUGGCUGCAAAACUGAUUUGAAUCUAAAAAUCAGGAUCCUGGUGUGACCUCAAAGAACUUGCGCAAGGUUGAUGAAUUUUGUCACAAUUUUGUGUGCAUGGAUAGCCAUAUGGUGAAUAUCCAUGUUAUUUAAGUUUUUUUAUUCAGAACAAAAUUGUGGUUGCUAUGGUUACCGAAAUAAUGGGGAAACUCAAAUACGGAUACCAUGCUACCUAAAACAUUACUUUAGCAAUGGUGAUGAAACUCCAUGUGUGCACAGAGGGUCUUGUGCAAUUUGACAGUUAUCCACCUUAUUCCUUUUUUUUGUCAAGUGUGGUUGCCAUGGUUACAUAAAUUAUUGAAAAAUAAAAUCUUGACCUUGAUUACUAAAUGUAAAAACCAGGCAGGGGACUUGUCUUGUUGGCUGUGAUAAUUAUAUAUAUAUAUAUAUAUAGCUUCCUUAGAUGAUAAAAGAUUUGAACCCACCGUUUUCUUAUAUUAUUGUUUUUUUAAACCAUCUGAGCAUGAAGUACUCAUUGCAAGUUUUUGUGAUGGCCUUCAAUAUGUGGAUUCAUGCGUUUGUCAAUGUAUGCAGCGUUAGUUGUCAUCUUUCCAUUCAAAUAUUUCUUCCAAAACAGAUGUUGGAAGGCAUUAUUUACCAUCACAGGAAUGCUCAGAUAAGAAGUAAGUCAAUCAAAGUUCUAGUAAAUUUUUAAUUUCCAGCUGAAACGAUUGUAGUUGAUACAAAAUCAUUGAGCAGAUACAAGAGUUUCACUAUCACACCUCCAUUGAUAUCUCGAGUGGAUGUGAACUUUUAAGUACAUGUACAGAAAACAAGCCAGCCUUGAAUAUUGCUAAAAUUAAAUUUUAUAUAUAAUGUAAAUAGCUUAUGUUUAAUUGGGGUUUAAAGAUGUCAAAAACUUUUUAAAAGCUCAUCUAAAUUCAAUGUAAAUGUAUAUAACAAUUAAUACUGGCCCAUUUUAUCCACCAGUAAUUUAUUCAAAUAAUGUCAAAAUGGGGUGUGAUAUUGAAAUGAUUUUAAACCUGUCACCCACAGAUUAGCUUUUUUUGCAAAACUAGCCCAUUCCGAAAUAAGACUUUUGUAUUAUUUGUACAUAUAUUGUUAAGUGUAGUGUCUCACCUAUGGGUAAACUUAAAGUUGACAUGUGUUGUUGAUGCUUUCAUUAAAAUCAAGUUUUGUUCUCGGACACUUAAAUGUUUAAUAUCUUUAUAUCAAAUUUUAAAUUAUUAUGCAUUAAACACAUACAUUUGUACAAGCAGAUUUUUAGAAUCAGUGAUGAACAAAUUUGUUAAUAUUCCAUCUGUGAAUGGGUCUAUUUAACAUGCAUUGUAAGGCAGAUGACCACAUGUGAACAAAAUUAUAUUCAUUCUUGAAGAAUUUAGAGAUAUAAUUCAUUAAAUUCAUAGCAAACCAAUACACUGCCAUCUCUGUCGUAGGACAUUACAGCUUAUAUCUUUAGAUGUGAACAGGAGAUUACCUUACAUCUGCACUUCUCCAUUAUGAUAUUGAAAAUUUAUUGAUUUGCUGUUGUUUUCCUUCCAGUGAAGUUUUCAUUACAGCACAGUUCAAUAUUAAUACAAUGCUGAUUGUAAAUUUUAUUAAUGAGUUUGCUCCAUCAUUUCUUAUUCCCACAAUACAUUGGAAAUUGUUUCAGAGUCUGAGACAAAGUAAAACUAAGAGAUUCUUAUCACAAUUGAUUUAGCAAAAUAUUGUAAGGAUUAUAUAUACUGUGUAUAUAAUAACAUCUCUAGAUAUAAGAUAUUGUUUCUGCAUUUAGUGACUUGAUGUAAUCAGCUAUAAGUAAUUCUGAAAAUAAUCAAUUAAAAGAUAAUCAAUUUA